GCAGGAGUAAGAGACUCGGCUGACCAGGAAGUGAGAGCGGAGACUGGAGAGGACGGACCUAGCCCGGCGGUAGGAGAAAGAUCCAUGAGCUGUGCCUCUUUUAUGUCCUCAGGCUAGGGGAAACACCUGAACAUGUGGAAUCCCAGUGCUGGCUACCAAGGGCCAAACCCAUGUCCACCAAACCCUGAGUGCUCUGGAGGUUCCCAUCCUGUGUGUCCACCACAUCCAUCAGCUGUCAAUCCAGCCUUUCCUCCUGGCACGUGCCCCCCUCCCCCGGGGAAUCCAGCUUUCCCUCCAUGUGGGCCAGGUUAUCCUGUGCCCCAGCCAGGGUGUCCAAGACCACAUCCCUCAGGUCCCUAUCCUCCUCCAUGCCCCCCGCCGGCCCCUGGCAUGCAUCCUGUGAACCCUAUGGCCCCUGGCAUGGUGUGCCCAGGGAUGGUGAUGGACAAGAAGAUGAGGAAGAAAAUGAAGAAAGCUCAUAAAAAGGCACACAAACACCACAAGCAUGGCAAGCAUUCCUCCUCUUCCUCCUCUUCCAGCAGUGACUCUGAUUGAACACAGGGCCUGGACCCUGGACCCUGGACCCUCCCCUCGAGUCUCACCAGUCCUGCUCUCCCAUCAAGCUUCAGCUGCUGCGCAUUGUACUGGGGGAGAUUAGCCCUCUCCGCCCCACCCCGCCUUCCCCUGCUGGUCACCCCUGGUCCCUAGGGACUUGGGAAUAGGUCUGCCCUGGGAUAGCAAAGCCCAUCUUCUCCCUGCUUGAUAGAUCUAAGGCUGAGCUAAAUGCUGAAAAUAAGCUUACUAUCUGUAAAAUGUGAUUUUUUUUGCACUUUCUUUUGUAAUAUUAAUGAUGGGGGGGUGGGGGAAA